CAAGUUCUAGGCAGUCGGGAGGUGACGAAAGGGAGGAGGGUCCGAGCAGACAAAUGCCUCCGCGGCGGCAGGCUGCAUGCGGCUCCCGGUCCCGCCAAGCUCCGCGUGCGCUCGCCAAGCCUGGAUCUUCUCCAGCGCGCCCGUAGCGGCCACUGAGAGCAGAGAGCCUGCAAAGGGGUCAGCGGCCGGGCGCUUCGGAGCCUUGGUCACACCCGGCGGGACGGACAGACCCUCCGCGCGCGGACCUGCCGAGAGGCGCUCCAAGUAAGAGCGGCGCGCAAGAAGGGCUCGGACGCGGCUGCUUUCCCGGAGGGGCCGAGCGCGAUGGAAGCGGUGAGCGCCGCCAGCGCCCUGCAAGCCACGCUGGGCGCCAACAGCAGCAGCAGCAGCAGCGGGCAGAGCGCGGGCAACUCCACCGGCUCGGAAGAGAGCUGGGUGGUGGGCAUGGGCAUCCUCAUGUCCCUGAUAGUGCUGGCCAUCGUCUUCGGCAACGUGCUGGUGAUCACCGCCAUCGCCCGCUUCCAGAGGCUGCAGACGGUCACCAACUAUUUCAUCACGUCGCUGGCUUGCGCGGACCUGCUGAUGGGGCUGGCGGUGGUCCCUUUCGGAGCCAGCCACAUCAUCCAGCUCACGUGGAAGUUCGGGAACUUCUGGUGCGAGUUCUGGACCGCCAUCGACGUGCUGUGCGUGACGGCCAGCAUCGAGACUCUGUGCGUCAUUGCCGUGGACAGGUACUUCGCCAUCACCUCCCCCUUCAAGUACCAAAGCCUCCUGACCAAGAAUAAAGCCAGGAUGGUCAUCCUGUUGGUUUGGGUCAUUUCUAUCCUAACCUCCUUCUUGCCCAUCCAGAUGCACUGGUACAGAGCCACGGACUCCAAGGCCAAAGAGUGCUAUGACGAUGAGACUUGCUGCGACUUCUUCACCAACAAAGAGUAUGCCAUCACUUCUUCCAUCAUCUCCUUCUACUUGCCCUUGGUAGUCAUGGUCUUUGUCUACGCCAGGGUCUUCCAGGUGGCCCAGAAGCAGCUGAAGAAGAUAGGCAAAUGCGAAGGGAGGUUCCACCAGCAAAGCUCACAGCAGGAGCAGCAGGCUGGAAGGGGAAUCCACAGGAGGGCAUCCAAGUUUUGCUUGAGGGAACACAAAGCGCUCAAAACCCUGGGCAUUAUCAUGGGCACCUUCACGCUGUGCUGGCUCCCGUUCUUCAUCGUCAACAUUGUGCAUGUCGUUUCGGAGGAUGUCAUCCCCAAAUUUGUGUACAUCUUUUUGAACUGGGUGGGAUAUGUCAAUUCGGCCUUCAACCCUUUGAUCUACUGCCGAAGCCCAGACUUCAGGUAUGCUUUCCAGGAGAUCCUUUGCUUCCGGAGGUCUGCCCUGAAAAUGUACGUCAAUGGAUAUUCCAACAGCAAUGGGAAAAACGAUUUCAAUGGGGAUCACAAUGGCUAUCAUAUGGGACAAGAGAAGGCUAGCGAACUGCUGUGCGAAGAAGGAAGCCCCCAUGCUGGGGAAGAGUUUUUGCACUGUAAAGAGAUCCCUGGGUGCCCUGGAAUGGUUGAAAGUUGAACGGGUUAAGCUUUUGCCCUCCUAACCAUUUGCAACUCUCAGAAGCUCAUGAAGAGACAAGUCUAAGCUCUGCUUUACUUUUGUUGGCACAGAGGAACUUCACAUUCCUUUGCACAGGGAUGAAGGGAAGGACAGCUAGCAAACCAAGUUUCCAGGCUGUGAAGAAAACUGCAGUGAAUGAACCAUUUCGGGGAUUCAGCUGUGAGAAGCCAAA